AGUCCAGGAGUGUCACUUUUCCACAGGGUUUGAUUCAGUUUGAUUUCUACUUAAACACACAUGGAUCAACUAGGCAAGAUCUUUACAUUUAUUUAAAAAACAGUAAGGUGUGUUGAAGCUAAACUCAGCAGGAAUGAGGUUCUACAGGAGCAGGUAUGAGGAACCUGCUUUACGGAUUCACAGACACACCUGUUUUACACACGUCACUCAAACACAGAACCAGGAAAGUAUUUAAACUUAUUGGUUCAGGGAAAGAGAAACUGAAGUGUAGUUGAGCUGUUGUGUGUUUGUGUCUCUGUAUUCAUGCAGUAAAAUGGCAAAAGCCAGAAUUUCGGUGGAUCAGUGCAAACAGACCUUCAGACCAAGACCUGCUUUAGCUAGAAACACCAGCUUGGCUGGAAUGGUGAAGAACCUGAAGAAGACCAAACUUCCUGCUGACUGUUACGCUGGAGCUGGAGAUGUGCAGUGUGACGUCUGUACUGGAACAAAAUACAAAGCCGUCAAGUCCUGUCUGGUGUGUCUGAACUCUUACUGUCAGAAUCACCUUGAACAACAUGAGAGUUUGUUUAAAGGAAAGAGACACAGUUUGACUGAAGCCACUGGACGACUGCAGGAGAUGAUCUGCCAGAAACAUCAGAAGAUCCUUGAGGUUUUCUGUCGCACUGAUCAGAAAUGUAUAUGUGUGCUGUGUACGAUGGACGAACAUAAAAACCACGACACUGUAUCAGCUGCAGCACAGAGGACAGAGAAACAGAAGCAGCUGAAGGAGACGCAGAAGACGUUCCAGCAGAGAAUCCAGCAGAGAGAGAAAGAUCUUCAGCAGCUGAGAGAGGCUGUGGAGUCUCAUAAGCGCUCUGCACAGACAGCAGUGGAGGACAGUGAGAGGAUCUUUACUGAGCUCAUCCGCUCCAUUGAGAGAAGCCGCUCUGAGCUGAUACGGCUGAUCAGAGAUCAGGAAAAGCGAGCGGUGAGUCCAGCUGAAGGACGACUGGAGCGACUGGAGCAGGAGAUCAAUGAUCUGAGGAGGAGAGACGCUGAGCUGGAGCAGCUUUCACACACACAGGAUCACAUCCAGUUCCUGCAGAGUUUCCAGUCUCUCUCAGCACCUCCUGAAUCUACAGACGGAAAUGAUGAUCCCUUUAGUUCUUUCGUCUCUUUUGAUGGACUGAGAGAAUCUGUCCAUCAGCUGAGAGACAAACUGGAGGAUUUCUGCAAAGAGGAGCUCAAGAAGAUCUCAGACAGAGGUAAAGUCCUGGAGAUUCAUCUGCUCUCAGAAACGAGUCCAUCAUCCAGGAACGACUUCCUACAAUAUUCCCAUCAGCUCACUCUGGAUCUGAACACACUGAAUAAACUCCUCCGUCUGUCUGAAAGAAACAGAGUGAUUACUGGCACUAAAACUGAUCAGUCGUAUCCUGAUCAUCCAGACAGAUUUGAUCAUUAUUGUCAGGUGUUGUGUAGAGAGAGUGUGUGUGGACGCUGUUACUGGGAGCUGCAGUGGAGUGGAGAUAGAGCUGUGUUUAUAUCAGUGUCAUAUAAGAGCAUCAGCAGGAAGGGACGGGGUAAUGAGUGUUUGUUUGGAUCUAAUGGUCAGUCCUGGAGUUUGGGCUGCUCUCCCUCCAGUUACUCAUUCAUACACAAUAACAUAGUGACUGAUCUCCCUGUAAAGUCCAUCAGCAGUAGAAUAGGAGUGUUUGUGGAUCACAGUGCAGGAACUCUGUCCUUCUACAGCGUCUCUGACACAAUGAGCCUCAUCCACACAGUCCAGACCACAUUCACUCAGCCGCUCUAUCCUGGGUUUUGGUUUGGUUCUGGAUCAUCAGUGAAACUGUGUUGAUGAAUCAGAAUAGACUGAUGAGAGAUUCUACCCAUAAUGCUUUGAGCUGAUGAUGAAUCAGUAACAGUGAGACGCUAUAGAGUCUCUUGUUUUGUCUUUAUUGUUUCAAUAGGGGAGACAGGGCAAUUUUUAGAUUUUUUACAUUGAGUUGCUUUAUAACUCACAGACUACUUGAAAUAGACCAGUCAUCUUUUGAUUCAAGAAAUAAAAAUAGUAGCACUAAUUAAUAAUACAAUUCAUAUAUUUUUACUAAUUAGCACUAAUAAGCACAAGACUGUAACAUUAAAUUAAAUGUAAAAAGUCAAAAUGUUACAAUUGUCCCUUGCUGGGACUGAUUAUUACAGUGUAGAAAAGUCAAAUUAAGCCACCGUAUUUCAAAUAAAAGCCCACCUCAAAGUAAUUACUUUACUGUUGUAUUAUUUAAGAAAACUACUCAAGAUAUUUUUGCAUAGUGUUCAAAUUCUUUAGGUGUUCAAAAAGCAAAAGUCUAUUUCUAUUUUUUCAGAAAACUAGGCAACUAUUCCAGUGGUAACUUCCAGAUGGUCUUUAACUAAACUUUAAUGAAAUGGUACAAGAUAGACAUAUUAGCAGCAUAACUCAAUGAGAUCAUGUGGAAAUAAUAUUCAUUGUAUUCUUUUAAAGAUUUAAAAGUAACACAUUGUUUAACACUAAUCAUUUUUAAAUGUUUAAAUAUGUUCAUUUUCCAACAGUUGUUCCAAGUGUUUCCAAGUGUUCUUGGGAGAAAAAAAAAAAUCACAUGAUGAACACAAUAAAUGUAUGCAUUUGCAAGCGUUUUAAUCCUUAAUUUAUUGUAGUGUAGAGUACAGCACAAAACGGCAAAUAACAACAAAAAUAAUUAUUCUGCCCCAGCAUCCUGUCUUUGGUCUGGGACAGGCCAAACAACCUCCUCAACAUCACAGACUAAAUUGGCCCUGGACAGGCAGCGGCGGUAAAAUCCUCUUGCAUGCCUGACCCAACCCUGGCACUCAUCAACUCAAUAUAUAAGACUGC